AUGCCAGCGCCUUUGAAAUGUUGUCUAAUCCACGUGUCGACUAUAUUUGAUUUUUUGGAACCAACUAAUUCAGUCGAUCUAAUAUUUAUAAUCGUUGAUGAUAACUACAAUUUUAACGGGAGAUGCGAGUUUGAAAACUAUAAAAUUGUGAAAAUCAAUAUUCAUGCUGGAUUGUUGUGUUUGGCAAAAAAGCAGGAUGGAUAUAUAUAUGAAGAUCCGGAUGACUAUAUUUUCGAAUUCAAUCGAUAUUUUUUGACUGUAAACUUCAAAGAUCAAACUGGAAACUCUUUCGAUUUUUUAUUGAUUUCACGUCCGAAAAAUCUGGAUUUAGUGGAAACAAAAAUACUCAUCGAGGAGAUUCAGAAGUUCCCUGGAAAAGUUCUAGGAAUUUUAAACUUCACUUCAACAAAAUGGGAUUUGAAGAUUCUAGAAGCUGAUAUCAAUCAAAGGCGACCCUCGAUAUUUCGAAAUAACGGAAUUCCAGUCGAAAAAAUUAGGAAAACCUGAAAAAAGACGAGGAAAUCCUGAAAAUUUUCUGGUAAUCAAAGAUCGAACAAUUUUGGAGAACGAUACUUAUGAAUUGAUUGCUGAUUUAAUCAAUAAACAGGAUUUGGAUUUUAUGAAAACGAUUUGUCGAGUUUUGAAAUGUGAAAAUAUCAAUUUUCACUUGCAAAAUGCUGAUUGUAAAGCUGGCGAAAUCUACAUUGAAUUUGAAAAUCGAGAAAACCGCGAAGAAUUUUUGAAAGUUUAUGGAAAUUUGAAGAAAAAUGAUCGGAUUUUUGAACCAUAUGAAUUCAAAAAACCAAUAAUUGAGGCUUAUAAAUUGAAGAAAUUGAAUUGA